AUGUCGACGUCGGCUGAAGACGGGUUAACGCAACCUAAAGAAGGAGAAGCAAAGUUACCUCCGAAUAAUGAAGCCCGAUUAAUAUCGUUGAUGUUGGACAUCUUGGGGAAGUGCAUCAACCAGAAGUUCAAAACAAGCAAUUGGAUGGAUAUUCAAAAAGCAUUGAACAAAGUGUGUGGUCCACAACACCAUUACGAGAUAACACAAAUCACGAGCAAGCAUGAUCGGUUGAAAGUGAAGUGGCAUCGGUUCCACAAUAUACUGCAUAAUACAACUGGGUUCAGCUGGAAUUCAGAGACAGGGAAGCAUACGGGUGGUGACGAAGUUUGGAGCCAUUGGUUCGCGGUGCGUCCAAAGGACAAGGAGAUGAAGAGGAUGGCUUGCGUGCACUAUCGUGAGUUGACCACAAUUUUUAUCGAAAACACGCAGGCCCUGCGUGGGGCCGAACCAGUUUGCCCAAGCCAGCGGCCGACCACCCAACCACAGAGAGUCGGCGGUCUGGCCAGCCUGUGA